UCCAGUCAUCUGACUGUGACGCAGAAGCGCUUUCCAGAAAGUCAACAACGAACCGCGGAAGUGCUCAACAUGGCUCCCAAAGUUGAACUCACAAACGCCGCAUUGGCGACCGUCUGGCUGCUCUUUCUGUCUCUAAUCCCCCCGGUAGAGGCGUACGACGCCGGCGACGCUUUGGCGCUGCUGCUAUGCACCAUCCUGGCCGUGGUGGGAGUCUGCGCCUUCCUCGGCUGGUACGCACGGAGGAGGAACGGACAGAUGUGAGACAGACACGCUCCUGUCCUGCCCUGUCUUCUUAUCAUCCACCGCGUUAAUACCUCUCCUGUCUGAUCUUAACGGGACCUUCUGGCACAAGGAUUGUGUCUGAUAAGCACUGAUAAGAAACGUGCCUUAUUGGAGUUAAUGCGUCAUGCGUAACGGGGGAACCACGUGGACACAUCCAGGAAGUCCACAGGAGCUGUUUGUUUUGUUGCACUGCUGAGAUUGAAGACCAAAAAAAAAACACUGUUGCCUUCUAUAUGAAAAAAAAGGCUGCUGCAGUUACUGUAGUUUAUCCAGAGGAUGCUUGCAUUUGCAUAUUGCGCAUUAUUAUUUCUCCACUCUUGGAUCAACCACUGGACUGACUUCCUGUUCAUGUCUGCAAUGUGCAACCACAAUGUUGUUACAGCACAAUAAUCACAAGUGUGUGGUGUUACAUGAAAAGAGAAGAGCUGUUGUUGUGAUUUCUGCCUGUUAGAAUAUGUGACAGGAGCUCUGAGAAUAAUAAAUUGAUUCAUCUGAUGCUCUUCACAACUUCCUGGUUUGAUAUUUGAGUGAUCUGCUUGUAUAAUCACGUCCUCUCUCUUCUUUCAUUUUGAAAGUGUGGAAUUAUCUAUUUGGUGAAGGUUUUGAUAGCAGAUUACACUGCAAAUGUGUAAAAAUGCAAGCCAUCUUCAGUGGCUUAGGGCAGUCACACUAAGUAAUUACAGUAGAUCCUAAUAGAACUGUCAAAAUACGGCAUUAAAAGUUGAAGUCCUGCAUUCAAAACCCACUUAUUAAAAGUAUAGAUGUAUUAUCAGCAAAAUAUACUUAAAGUAUCAAAAGUAAAUGGACCUUCUGGCACAAGGAUUGUGUCGAAACACUGAUAAGAAAUGUGCCUUAUUGGAAUUAAUGCGUCACGCGUAAAGGGGAACCACAUGGACUCUGGUUGCAGAAGGUGGAGAGAGGGAAGAAACAUCCAGGAAGUCCACAGGAGCUGUUGUUUUGUUGCACUGCUGAGAUUAAAAGACCAAAAAAAAAAACACUGUUGCCUUCUAUAUGGAAAAAAAAGGCUGCUGCAGUUACUGUAGUUUAUCCAGAGGAUGCUUGUAUUUGCAUAUUGCGCAUUAUUUUUCCACGCUUGGACCGACCACUGGGACUGACUUCCUGUUCAUGUCUGCGAUGUGCAACCACAAUGUUGUUAAAGAACAAUAUCACAAGUGUGGUGUUUACAUGAAAAGAGUGGAGCUGUUGUUGUUGUGAUUUCUGCCUGUUAGAAUACGUGACAGGAGCUCUGAGAAUAAUAAAUUGAUUCAUCUGAUGCUCUUCACAA